AUGAGCUCUCCACCUGGAGCGGCAGAUAAGGCGAGGCCGGAGGAGUCCGGGGCCAAAGAAGGGGAGGCCAAGCCAACCACAACAGCAGCAGCAGCAGCAGCGACGGUCCCCCCCGCAGCGACUGUGUCGGACGAUUUCGACGAUGUUCCCGAUCCAGAUGAAGAGGACUUGGAUGAUCUUGACGAACUGCUUGACGGAUUCAAGGCCGUCCGACAGGAGAUGAUCGAUGACGAUACGUUGAAAGAAGGAAUCAACCCUCCCGAUUUGGACUACGAGAACAUGUCAGAAGAAGAAGUUACCAAGAGGAUGCAAGCGGGCAUAGCUGGUCUGCUGGCCAACUUGGAGCAGUCUCCGGAGCUACAAGCUGAAUUCGAAGAAAUGUUCAAGCAAAUGGGCGCGGAGAUGAGCGCCCAAUUCGAUGCUGAAGAACAAGAAGAGGCGCAAUCUGAUAACAAAAACAAGGAGAAAAGUACACCUGCCGCCGCCGCGACUGCUACUGCUGCGACUGCUCCCGCUGCUGCUCCCGCUGCUGCUCCCAACGCAGCUUCGACGACCGCUUCAUCGAGCGCCCCUCAACCGGCGGCAGGUGGAAAGUCUGGUGCGGCGUUCCAAGAUACCAUCCGUCGUACCAUGGAGCGCAUGCAAUCAUCUGGUGACCAAGCCACCGCAGCGGCUGCAGCGGGCGGUGAUGACGACUUCUUGACUGAAAUGCUCAAGCAGCUUACUGCAGGCGACUUUGCUGGUGGCAGCGAAGAGGACUUUUCCAAAAUGCUCAUGGGCAUGAUGGAGCAGUUGACGAACAAGGAGAUCCUAUAUGAGCCAAUGAAGGAACUACAUGACAAGUUUCCCGCGUGGCUCGCCAAAAACAAGGAUUCGACUCCUGCUGAGGACCUCAAGAGAUACGCAGAGCAACAGACGAUUGUGGCAGAGAUUGUGGCCAAGUUCAACGAGCCUAGCUAUUCAGACUCUAACGCGGCCGAUAGAGAAUACAUUGUGGACAGGAUGCAAAAGAUGCAAGCAGCGGGAUCGCCACCAUCCGACUUGGUGGGAGACAUGGCAUCUGCCCAAGAAGCGUUCAAUGCUACGGAAGAUCAGUGCAACCCACAAUAA